CAUCCGCAACGUGCUGAACUUUGCAUUGAGAGAAGAGACUCUUUUCCCCCGAUCGAGAAGCGUUGAAACAGUGCCACCCAUGAGUAUUGGAACAUCACCCAACCGGCCUUUGCCAAGCUUCGUUCAGUACAGCCCGUCAAGCUGACCAAGUCGGGAGUGUUGUUGUCAUUCUAGCCAGAUCCGUCUGUGUAUGAGUCUGGCUCUCCAGCCAGAAACAACCUAGACCUGGUGUGUUCAUCAAAACUUUAACUGGGGGGGCGGACUCCCCGUUCCGUCGGGCAAUUGUGCAUUGGUGUUGGUGUUCAGAACCUUUUUUCUCUCUCUCUCUCUCUCUGUGUCGAGUGUCCCCAAAGUUUUCCACUCCGGAGUGGCCCCCCAUUCAUGGAUCGUCGGUGUGUGUCGGAAAAGCUGUCACGAGCUGUCGAGUGUGAAAAAUGUUUUCCACCGGAACCACUUCCGACGUCGUAGUCGGUUCCCCAGCAGUGUUAAAUGUCAUCUCAUUAGAUGUGAGCAUCGCGUAAUUGUGGGAUCAAGUGCAAGUGAGUGAAACAUGAGUGAAUCGCCCGCAGUGUGUGUGAACGGGCAAAAUUUGGAGCAGUCACAGGACAUCGCAGGUGGCCGUGAAGCGACGCAAACUUCAAAGGUUCAAUGUUAGAUCCGGGUUUGGUGGUGCCCUGCUGAGACAGAUCGUCGGGGCUGUAAUUUGAUGAGUGAUGAGUGAUACGACGAUACUGCACGGUUUAGUAUCAUAGCGUUGCGAACGAAGUGAAGGAGAACAAAUUGAUCGGGGAUAGGCUGAAAGACUUCGCGUCGAGGAAGAGUGACAAAAGUCAAUGAAGACGACGCCGAGGAAGGAAUACGGUCGGAAAGGAGGUCAAAAGACGAAUAGUCCCAAUAGUCGGCAGCGGUAUCAGCAAUAAGAGUACAAGGCAAGAAAGACAUGGUGACGACUGUGAAGGAAUCGGAUUACAAUCCUUCAGUCACGAGCCACGGCAGUCGUUUCUUCGUGAAACGUGUUCCUCACUAACAAGUUGUUGCAGAAAACGGCGUUGAAAGAACCGAACAAGUGCAGACAUCGUGACUAUCUGAAAAAGAAAGAAGCAAAAGUCAAGAAGAGUAAAAAGGAAAAAUCACAACCGUGAAUAAAUUCUGCAAGCCUCCUCCGCAAAAGUAAAAAGGAUAAUAAUGUAACAAGUUUCCCGGGGGGCCCAGGUCCUAGAGCCUAGAGCGGAGAAAUUGCCCAAAAACCGGGACCACCUUCUCCAGUGUUGGCAGACCGAACGCGAUGAUUUUGCUGCAGCCGUCGACGGCAGUUUCAACAGACAUCGUCAACGUCAACGCUGCCAAAGCCACCACCGCAGCAGGUGGCUGCCAAACGGAACCGGAGGGAUCGUCGUUGUUGCCGCCUGCGACACGGGGGCCUGCCUUAAGCAACCAGUAGGGCUUGCGUGCGUAAUAUUCACUAGUGGUGCAAGUGCGGUGUUGUACCAUUUUGGGCGGCGAGGUGCGCGCAGAAAACAACAGUCGUCCCGUGUUCAGCAGCGGAUAUGGCCGACCUCUCCGUGGCGACGUCCAGCGGCAGCAGUGGCAAACGUUCUCGACUGAAUCUAGAAUCGAAAUGCUCGUCGCUGCGCAAACACCUCAGCAAGUCCGCAUCGGAGCUCAGCUGUAACGACUGCGGCGGUUCCGGCGACUCGCCGCAGUCCUCGCCCCAGCGGGCCCGCAGCGCGGUCAACCCGAGCAUCCCGGGCGUCAUCCAGCGGACGCACGGCUUCUUCAACACGCUAAGGAAUCGUUGGUCCCGCGGCCGCAGUAAAGAACGCCUCCGCGGUUCCUGCGGACAGGAGCUGGAACGGCACGACAGCCAGAGCGACUACGCGGCGGACAACAGCUCGGAGCACAGCAGUUCGGCCACCCCGCAGACCCAGUCGCCGCGGCAUCGGGCCCAAACGUUGAGCGAUUCACCGCUGGCGGCCCGUCCCGUCGUGAUCGAACGGAAUGCCUCAAUGAGUUCGGAGGGGACCGGCCUCAAACUGACCACGACCAAGGCGGACGUCGAGCUGGUGGCGGGCGUGAUUGCCGGAACCAGCGGGAGUGGGCUGGUGGCGAAACUCGUUGGCAACGAUGUGCCGGGCACGAGCGGGCUCGGGGUUAUUCCGGGUGGAAUUGGGGAGGAUCCGCAGCGGAGACGGGAGGCCGUCCUGAGGCAGCACUCCUUCUUUCAGCUGCGGAUACAUCUGGUUAGUGGGCACAAUCUGGUCGCGAUGGACAAGAGCGGAACGAGCGAUCCGUACGUCAAGUUCAAGGUUGGAGGUCGGUUGCUGUACAAGUCCAAAACGGUUCACAAAGAGCUGAAUCCGGUGUGGGACGAAACGUUCAUCGUGCCCAUCGAGGAUCCCUUUCAACCGAUCAACAUCAAGGUAUUCGACUACGACUGGGGCCUUCAGGACGACUUUAUGGGCUCGGCCAAGCUGCAGCUGCAGUCGCUCGAACUGAACCGGGUCGAGGAGAUGACCAUCAGGCUGGAGGAUGCGCAGCGGGCGAACAAGGACCUCGGGGAAAUCCGGCUGAACGUGACGCUGUGGCCAAAGACGCAGGAAGAUAAGGAGCAGUACUUUCAGCGCAACCCCAAACUGGCGGACGCGUCACGCCGGCUUAAAUCCCAGAUCUGGAGCUCGGUCGUCACGAUAGUGCUGGUCGAGGCCAAGGGACUGCCGCCGGACGCCGAAAAUGGCCUCAACGAUAUUUACGUUAGAUUUAGGUUAGGAAACGAAAAAUACAAAAGUAAAAACUCGUACCGGGCAAGGUGGCUGGAGCAGUUCGAUUUGCACCUGUUUGACGACGACCAAAUGCUGGAGCUGGUAAUAUGCGGCAAGUACAACACGUUCGGCAAGUGCACGAUAGAUCUGAGAAGUCUUCCACGGGAACGAACGCACGGGAUUUGGCAGCCGCUGGAGGAGUGCACCGGUGAGGUGCACCUAAUGCUGACCAUCAGUGGGACCACGGCGUCCGAAACCAUUACCGAUCUGACCUCGUACAAGGAAAAUCCCAUCGAAAAGGCCACCCUGCUGAAGCGAUACGCGUGGCACCACUCGCUGCAGACGCUGCGGGACGUGGGCCACCUCACGGUCAAGGUGUUUGGGGCGACCGGUCUGGCGGCGGCAGAUAUCGGAGGCAAGUCAGACCCAUUCGUAGUGCUAGAGCUAAUCAACGCUAGAUUGCAAACCCAAACCGAGUAUAAAACGUUAACACCCAAUUGGAACAAAAUCUUCACUUUUAAUGUUAAGGACAUGACGUCGGUGCUGGAAAUCACCGUUUUCGAUGAGGACCGGGACCACAAGGUGGAGUUUCUGGGCCGGGUCGUGAUCCCGCUGCUGCGGAUACGGAACGGCGAGAAGCGCUGGUACUCGCUCAAGGACAAGAAGAUGUACAGCCGGGCGAAGGGGACGCAACCGCAGAUUCUCCUCGAGAUGACGGUGGUGUGGAACAAGGUGCGGGCGGCGCUCCGGGCCCUGGAACCGAAGGAGGAAAAGCUGGUCCUGCAGGAGGUCAAGUUCAAGCGGCAGCUUUUCCUGAGGAACGUUACGAGACUGAAAGCGGUUAUCGUGUACUUUAUAGACGUAGGACAAUUUGUUCAGAGUUGCUUCGAGUGGGAAUCGCCGGUGCGGUCGUUUAUUGCGCUGGUUUUGUGGAUCUGCGGCUGCAUUUGGUUCGACAUUUCGACGAUUCCGGCGGCGGCGCUGCUAUACUUGCUAAAAAACUGGCUCAUACGAUGGCUAACGGGUUCAGCCUCACCGUCCACGGCGGACGAAUACGAUGUAGCUAGCGACGAUGAAGACGACGAUGAUAAGGAGAAGGAGGAGAAAAAGACGAUAAAGGAAAGACUGCAAGCCAUUCAGGAAGUUUCGCAAAGUGUUCAAAACACGAUCGGCUACCUGGCGUCACUGGGAGAAAGUGUGAAAAACACGUUCAACUUUUCCGUCCCAGAGCUUAGCUGGCUGACGGCAACGCUGCUGCUGGCCGCCGCCCUGGUGCUGCACUACAUCCCGAUCCGGAUGCUGCUGCUGCUGUGGGGCCUGAUCAAGUUCAGCCGGCGGCUCAUCCGGCCGCACAGUGUGCCCAACAACGAAGUGCUCGACCUGCUGUCGCGGGUGCCGGACGAUGAGGAAAUUAUCAUGUGGCGCGAGUUGCCACUCCACUCGACGCCCGAGCUGGCCCGGAGGGACCCACGCAAGAAACACAAAACCUCGUAAUGCCACCAAACCACCCUGAAGCGGUACUUUAGGGAACAUCUUAGGAAGGCUCUAAAUAUCAAAAAGGAAACCUAGAACAAAACUCACAACGCAUUGGGGCUUUAACUUGUUAACCUUGAACACACUAUCUCUCUAUCUCUCUCUAGCAAACUCUAGUUCAUCGUCGAAUCAGUAGAUUUUUUGCUAGUUAAACAAACAAACAAUUUUUCCCCCGAAAUACUUCCAUUCUUCAUAAAGCUUUUGAACGGAGAAGUAAAAGUACUAAAAACGCACUAAACAGCAGAAGAAAGCGCUUUUACCAUUUAUCGAGUCUAGUCUAGUUAGUCGAGCGCUGAAAGCGCGCGAGUUCACGUUUUUUGAGUUACCUCUAUUAUUGUCACAUCUAGGAAAGAUAACAUUUAACAAUCUCAAAUCCAUUUAAGCGAUUUAUUCCAAGAAACCUUAAAACAAUCCAGUCUCUCCAAACUUUUACAAGAAAACAACCAAAACCAAUCCCAACCAACUCUAUAGAAGAUAUUUAGUCUAUAUUGUUACUGUAAAAAAGAUAAAUAGUAAAAACAAAUAAAUGGUUUGUUAACUAAAAACGAAAAAAAGAAAGAAUAUUAAGGUGAUUUGUCAAUUUCUCACUUUACUCUUUUACCAGUUUUUUCAUUGUUGUCGUUUGAAAGUUUUUAUAUUUAAAACAACAUAGUUAGUUAGUUAGCAACUCUUAGCCACAUCACAUUAGCACCCUGUUUAGGAAACGCAUCUAAUCGAGCAACAACAACAAAAGAAAUCGAAUCAAUGCUAGUGAUACAUAGAGAGGCCAUACGCUGAAAAUUAAACGCAAAACUGCUUGUUCAAUCAUUCUCAAUUCUCACGCCCCCCGCGCUUGUCACAAGCGGGAACCAAGUCACGUCACGUCACGCGUUUCCCCGGAAUCCGUCCAACUCAUAACUACCAUGAGCGCAAAAAAAAAUAAUGCAACUUCAUUAUCGAACAAAUCAGCUGUGUAAAUAUUGAGAGAAAACAAAAAAUCGAACGACGAAUCAUUCAUUUACAAAUCGAGCAACUUGCAGUAUUGUGUUACUUAACCAUCAUCAGAAAUAAACAACAAAGCUUCUAUUUUUUAUAAAUAUUAUCGUUGCACGUCAAAACCAUAAUUGUGAUUGUCAGUCAUUCCACUUUGAUUCACUUUUGAUUCGAGUGUUGCAAGUUUACGUACAAUUCAUCGAUUAAGACACCAAUUACGAAACCAAACAAAGGUCAAAUUCACAGCAACAAAAAAAA